GUACCAAUGAAUACAGUCGAAGCCAUAAAGUUCGACAAAGAACACAUCUGGCACCCGUAUACCUCGCUUACGAACCCGUUGCCAUGUUACCAUGUUAGUUCCGCAAAAGGCUGUAAGAUCACUCUGAGCGACGGCAAGGAACUUAUCGAUGGUAUGUCGUCCUGGUGGUGUGCCAUCCAUGGUUACAACAACGAGAGCUUGAACAAUGCAGCAAUUCAGCAGCUUGGUAAGAUGUCGCAUGUGAUGUUCGGAGGGCUUACUCAUGAUCCAGCGAUCUCUCUCGUCUCUAAGCUGGUCUCUAUCACAGACCCAAGGUUGGACUGCUGCUUCCUAGCAGACUCGGGAUCUGUUGCUGUUGAGGUUUCCCUGAAAAUGGCUAUUCAAUACUGCCAUGCUAUUGGUAAACCGCAAAAGAAGAUGUUCCUGACAAUUGGUAACGGAUAUCACGGUGAUACCUUUGGUGCAAUGUCCGUGUGUGACCCUGUUAACUCUAUGCAUUCUCUCUAUUCCGGUUACAUGUCCCGCAAUAUCUUUGCUGAACCACCAAAGAUUGGUUUCCUAGAAGACUGGGAUGACAGGGACUUCCAGGAUUUUAAGACCAAGAUGGAGGAGAACCAUGAGAACAUCGCAGCAGUUGUUCUUGAGCCCAUCCUACAAGGUGCCGGUGGUAUGAGGAUGUACCAUCCAGAGUAUUUGAGAAAGGCUCGUAAACUAUGUGAUGAUUAUGGAAUUCUUCUAAUCUGUGACGAGAUUGCUACUGGCUUUGGAAGAACUGGUAAACUGUUUGCCUGUGAACAUGCCGGUAUUGUCCCAGAUAUCAUGCUUCUCGGCAAAGCAAUCACCGGGGGUUAUAUGACUCUAUCAGCUGUCAUGUGCCAAAGAUUCGUUGCUGACACCAUAGGUUCAGACCCAGCAACCGGUGGGUUACUGAUGCAUGGCCCAACAUUUAUGGGCAACCCACUUGCCUGUGCUGUUGCUACAAAGUCCAUGGAAAUAAUCCAAACUGGCCACUGGGAGAAUCAAGUUAAGACGAUUAACAACCAGAUUCAAAGGUUACAAGUUCUUUCAGGCCUCCCAGUGGUUAAACAGGUGCGUACUCUCGGAGCGAUUGGAGUAGUUGAGCUUCACAACAAAGUCAACAUGGCCUGGUUCCAGGCAAAAUUUGUUGAACGAGGAGUAUGGAUUAGACCAUUUGGUUCUUUAGUUUACGUCAUGCCACCGUAUAUCAUUGCUACAGACGAGCUUGAGGCUUUGAUUCAAUCUAUGAUUGAAGUUAUUCAAUUAUGGAGCGACGACUUUACAAAUAUCUGAAUAGUUACUCUUUCUGA